AACAAAGUCAAGAAACACCACCUGAAAUGGCUCUAAGGCUAAGUAGUGUGCUUUCAUUUGUAGGUCCGAGACAUUCGAGGAAACCUACGUUGACCUGCAGAGCUCGUGCUGCUACAGUUACAAUGGCCUUCAGUGUUGCUGCUGCUGGUGAAACUCCUUCAACCUCCAAAGUUAUUGAUUCACAUCUGCACGUGUGGGCUUCCUCUCAAGAGGCAGGUAAAUUUCCAUACUCUCCUGGACAAGAGCCCACUUUACCAGGACAUGUAGAUUUUUUGCUCCAGUGUAUGGAGGAAGCAGGAGUAGAUGGUGCACUCAUUGUGCAGCCAAUUAAUCAUAAGUUUGAUCAUAGUUAUGUCACAAGUGUAUUGAAGAAAUACCCCACCAAAUUCAUUGGUUGUUGUCUUGCUAAUCCAGCUGAUGAUGGAAGCGGGCUUAAGCAGUUUGAACAUCUUGUUUUGAAGGAUGGUUAUCGCGCUGUCCGCUUCAACCCUUAUUUGUGGCCAUCUGGGGAAAAGAUGACAAAUGAAGUUGGGAAAGCACUUUUCCAAAAGGCUGGAGAACUUAAUGUCCCUGUAGGCUUCAUGUGCAUGAAGGGGCUUGAUCUCCAUAUCUCUGAAAUUGAACAACUUUGCACCGAGUUUCCAUCUACAGUUGUAUUGCUUGAUCACUUGGCCUUCUGCAAGCCACCAGUAAAUGAUGACGAAGCUCUUAUCUUUUCUCGGCUUUUAAAUCUAUCAAGAUUCCCUCAAGUAUAUGUGAAAUUCAGUGCCCUUUUCAGAGUGUCAAGGGUUCAAUUUCCUUAUCUGGAUUUGUCUCCUCUGUUAUACCAAGUUGUCUCUAGCUUUGGUGCUAACCGUGUAAUGUGGGGCAGCGAUUUUCCAUUUGUUGUUCCUGAAUGUGACUACAAGGUUGCCAAAGAGGCUGUGCAUCUUAUUGCCAAUGAUAUCUCUUUGCCUUCAUCUGAUUUAGAUUGGAUUAUGGGGAAAACGGUUGCACAACUAUUCCAAAGCUAAUUGACUUCUGCUAAGCAAGGUUUUCACUGAGAGUUGAAAUGCUGUCUAUUGGUUGUGCCUUAUAGAACAAUUUUAGAUGUUGCAUUACAAAUUUUAUGUCUAAAUGUAUAUCAUUGUGUCACCAUUGAAGAUGUUUAAUUGUCUACCUGUUCGCUUCUUUUUAGCA